CCAUGGAGGCGGGCUCCAAGCGUGGCGCGGAGUUCUGUGCAGUGGCGUCUGUAGUGGGUUGUGCAGCAUGUCUAGUGCCGGAGGUGAUACCCAGAGGGACGCUGGGAGAAAGGGUACUGCUGCUGCCGCCGGCUCAUUCAGCUUCAGCCCGGAACCCACGCUGGAGGACAUCCGGCGUCUCCAUGCAGAGUUUGCUGCAGAGCGGGACUGGGACCAGUUCCACCAGCCUCGGAACCUCCUACUGGCCUUGGUCGGGGAAGUGGGAGAGCUGGCAGAACUCUUUCAGUGGAAGUCUGAUGCAGAACCUGGCCCCAAAGCCUGGCCCCUGAGGGAACGGGCAGCCCUUCAAGAAGAGCUUAGUGAUGUUCUCAUCUAUCUGGUGGCAUUAGCAGCCCGUUGCCAUGUGGAUCUGCCCCAAGCAGUGCUCUCCAAAAUGGAUACCAACCGGCGACGUUACCCCGUUCAUCUGUCACGUGGCUCAGCCCGCAAGUAUACAGACUUGUCCCAUGGGGCCAUCUCUGAAGACCAGACUAUGGGUCCUGCAGACCUUGCCCAUGAGUCCUCAAGCCAGACCUCAACAUAGAAACAUGGGAUCAGAACCUGCAACUCAGCAUGGCAUGUGAGAAGCAGAGGUGGCCUGGCUACAGAACUUAUUAUAGUCCUUUCCUAACAAAUCAGGGCUGGGUCCCAUUUCCCAGUUUUCAAGGCCCAAGAGCCUCCAGAAGAUAGCCUUCUGGUGUUUUCUCCCCCAAUAAAAUGGUUUUAACUUCUAGAUUCUUCUGAGGUGGCUAGGUAGGCUAUCAGUAGCAUUGCAGAAGGGCACCAGGAGUGUCUCUGAGCCCAGUCCUCACAGUUCUCUAUUUUACCUUCUAUCUGCAGGGCAGUGAUCCAGUUGUUAGUAAAUUCCUACAGGAAUUUCAUGCAAGUCUUCCCACUUCUGGACCUAUAGAGAACAUCAGAGGCUAUAUACAGUGUUGGUUAACCAACAGUUCAUAUUCAGAACCAGGUUCUCUGGGUUCAGAUACUUAGGGGCUGGAUGAUAGUCAUCAUUUUACUUCAUCUCUUGUAAAAAGAAAAUAAUAGCCUAGCACACAGUUUAAAUAACUUAGUUUGUAGUUCUAUUUUGCCUUUUCAACUCAAAGCUUUCAGGGGUCCAUCAGGGACAAAUCAGGGCCAGAUCUCUGAUGUACAGCAGAAGGGAGCUGCUGCUUCUCAUGGGCACCUUCAUAAAAUUGAAGACCACAUAUCAAUUAGGUCAAUUUCUUGUUAUUCAUCUCCAAGUAAAUUACACUGUUGAAUUUGUACAGUUUA